AUGGGCGAAGACCCGAAGCGCUUCGACUUCGGGUUCGCCUUCAACAACGCCGACUUUGCCGAUCGCAUCGUGCAGCUUCGGAUUUGCCCUGACGAAGCCACGACCCCCCGUCGCUCCAGCAGCAGCGGAAGCUUCGGCGCUGCUUCCGGCGGUUCUCCGUCCCGCGGAAGCGGAAGCCCCCUUUCCCCCACCGCCGCCGCCGCCGCCGUAGCCGCCGCGUCUGUCGCCGGGCAUCUAGGAAAGAGAUGUUCGUCUAUCGGAGGGGGAGCGGGGGCUAUGGAGCGGGAAGGCGGCGGAAGCGAUUGCGCGGAUCUCAUGGACCUAUCGGGGGAAGGAGGCGAGGGGGAGGCGGAGGGGGAGGGGAGCGGGGGUACGGGGGAUGGGGAGGGGGAAGGGGAGGGAAGGCGAGACGUGGAGGGGCAAGUGCGAAGGUACUCCUUUGAUGGCCGAGGGGGAGGGAGAGGCGCGAGCGGCGAGUUGUCGUUUCUUGCUGCUGUGAAUAAUCACUCUCAAGCCGUACCAGGUUUGGGACCGGACCAAGCGGCAGCUCUGACAAGAGGCUCGGCAGCAGGAGGAGCUAGCCUCGGCAGCCGCCCUCACAGCCCCUUCACCACCACCAGCGUCCAGCCAAAGGCCAAUGGGAGGGGCGGCGGUGGGGACAGGGACGUGUGGUGGGUGCGGCUUGGGGGGCGGUGGAGCAUCAGUGCUCACCUGGGCGGCAGUAGCGGGAAUCUGGGCGGCAGCGGGGGUGCAAAUCUGGGCGGCGGGGGGGGUGGCGGUGUGACGAUAGGGAGUUGUGGUGGGUACAGAGUGGCGAAUCUGCAUUUGUCCUCGGUGGUGCUGGCAGCAAAGUCUGCCUUCUUCCGCACGCUCUUCACCUGUGGCUUCAAGGAGACGUGCCAGAACAACCCUGUUGUCCUCAACGUCUCGCCAGAAGAGGAGGGCCCAGUGAUCGACCUACUGCGAUUCAUCUACACGGGCGACAUGGCGGAGGGCAGCAGCGACCCGGAGGACAUCAUCAAGAUGUACCUCGUGGCCGACAAGUUCGGCGUCGCCUCCUGCAUGAAGAUCUGCCUCGAGCGCCUCGUCAACCUCCCCAUGACCGUCCCCACCGCCUGCCUCUACCUCUCUCUCCCCGACUCCAUGCACUCGCACCGGGGGGUGGCACAGCUGCUAGAAGCUUCUCGGGGGUUUCUGGUGGCGCAUUUUAGGGAUCUGGAGCGCGUGCACAAGGGGGAGGAGUUUCUGGAGCUGCCGCUGGUGGGCGUGCAGACGCUGCUGGCCAGUGAUGAGCUGAAUGUGCGCGACGAGCUCACGGCGUUUCAUGCCAUGAUGGAGUGGCUGAGGCACCACCAUGAUGAUUUGGACGACAGGAAGCGGACAGCAGUGCGUCUGGCAGAGCACGUGCGCUUCCCCCUCAUGACAGGGGACGACCUCGAGGACGUGGUGCUCAAGGCGCCUGAGGUGGACAGCCCCGAGUGCCAGGCGCUGGUGAGGGAAGCAGCAUGGUUCCGAGCAUACAGUCUGGUGCGCCGCCUGAGACUCAUGAACGAGACGGCUGCCGCACACAGGCGCUUCUGGCAGCGCCGGUGGAACCGCAACUCCGUGGGCCAUGUGUAUUUCGAUAUUCACCUGGAGAGGUUUCAGGCGCUAGCAGUGGCAGCAACUGUGGAGUCUGCCACGUUUGGGAUCGGUGGGAAGCGGUUCUACCUGUCAGCCCGACACGGGCGGCGGGAUGAUGGAACGGAGACACUUGACAUCCACCUUCACCUGGAGAACAGCCACAGCGUGCAGCCGGAAAUACAGGUGAGCUUCAUAUUCUAUGCCAAGAGGUGGCCCGAGGGCCAGUUUGACUACCUGCGGGACCGCGUGACCAAGGGCUUUGGGCGCAAUGCGAGCAACUGGGGGUACAGCAACAUCUUGGGGCGGCCGUGGGCGGAUGUGGUGCAGGAUGAGAGCAAGUACUUCAAGAACGGUGUCAUGUCCGUGUUUGCUGAGGUGCAAAUAUUAGAGGAUGCAGGCAGGGGGCCCGUGGUGGGGGGUUAG